AUGGCAAAGGUCUCAGUACUUAGGGAUGAGGAGGAUAAAGCCACCUCAGAGGUGUCCCCAGAGGCGCCAGGGCCGGGACAGGCCCCGCUGCUGCUGAGCAAUGGCAGGGCCCCUAUAAAAGCUCUGCCCGUGCCACUGGCUGCCAUCCACUGCUCUGGCCACCUUCUCCUCGGGGAACAGUCUGUGCCCUCUUGCAGAGCUGCGUCUGACCCGCCCAAGAUGUCCUGCUACGACCUGUGCCCACCCAAGGCCGACCUGUGCCCACCCAAAACCAGCGUGGCCGUGCCCCAGCCCAUCGCUGAGAGCUGCAACGAGCUGUGUGCCCGCCAGUGCCCCGACUCCACGGCCUUCAUCCAGCCGCCCCCUGUCGUCGUCACCUUCCCCGGCCCCAUCCUCAGCUCCUUUCCCCAGCAAGCCGUGGUGGGCUCCUCCGGAGCCCCUGCCUUUGGGGGCUCCCUGGGGCUGGGGGGCCUCUACGGCGCCGGCGCCACCCAGGGCUCGGGGGGGCUCUGCACCUUUGGCAGACCCUACGCUGCUCCUGCCUGCAGCCCUUGCCUGCUGCCUCGCUACAGCAGGAAGCUCUGGGACACCUGCGGGCCCUGCUAGGCACAGCCCCACGCUGCCCCCACACCGCUGCCCAGCACCACUGCCCCCAUGCAGAGUGAGCCUCUGCACAAGAGCCUUCUG